GUCUACUAACUUUUUACAUCUUUAGUUGCACGCAAGUUGCCUCUGAACCUAACGGCAAAUAAUGAACCCCUCUUACGCUGGCCUGUAAUAUACGCAAGCAACCUAUAGAAGUACUUUACAUAACUUUAUUAGUUAUGGAUAUUCAGUCUUCAUCGUUCCAAUCGUGUGUUACUCGUUUUCGCAACGCCGCUUCUAAGGCUCAGGCGACGCUGAUACAGUAUAAGAGGGAAAAAAGCUUGGUCUGUGUUGAGUUAUAUCGCACAGUAGCUGUCAUCUCACUUCAGAGGAGGGAAGCGACGCUCCAUUUCGAGGGCUGGCAGUCAAAUGUUCCUGACGAUGCCAGCCCGAGCGCCCUAUACAACAUGAAAUUUAAGACAGUGGAUGACAAGGUCGUUUCUUCACAAGGGCGGUGACGUGUUUGUGGAUAACUACUUGGAGGAGAAGGAGAUGCGUGCUCCAGCAGCUCAACUCCUCUUUGUUAGCUACCUUGUAGAGCUGACAAGGCCUAAGGGCCACGAGAUAGGCGCUGUAGGCGACUAUUUCUGGUUGCAGAAGCCCUGGCUCAAGAAGAAGAAGGAGCUGGAGGGUGUGCUCGCAGCAGGCAACAACACAGCUCAGGUUGUCAGUAGUGUCCUGAACAGACGCUUCACUCCCACGGUGUCAUCAGCGCAUCGGGCACAAGAUUUGAAAGGUGCAUCCAGCAUCAUGCAUGAAGCAGCAACGGCACCCUCCUCGCAAACAGUGCCUUGGCAGGUUUCUGGCCAUGAUACCUUGCCCAUUCUGCAUGCAGCAGCAAGCUCACAGCAGUGUACAGCCGAUCUUAGUCGCUGCACGAGCCCAGUCCUCCAGGAAGAUGCGAAUAUAAGCUUAUGGGAUAUGGAGCCCAAUGAGGACUCCCUGGUCUCAUUGGAGGCCUCCCUUCACGCUGCCGAACCGGGCGGCAGCGGAACCGAACGGAGCGGCGCCGACCACGGGUCCCCCGGCUGGAUACUCAUCUCUGAGGCCUCCCUUCGCGCUGCCGAGCCGGGCGACGGCGGGACUGAACGGAGCGGCGCCGACCACCGACUCCCCAGCAGGAGACCCAGCUCUGAGGUCUCUCUCCGCGGUGCCGAGCCGGGCGGCAGUGGAACUGAACGAUGCGGCGCCGACCACAGGUCCCCCAACAGGAGCCCCAGCCCUGAGGCCUCCCUUCGCGGUUCCGAGCCGGGCGGCAGUGGAACUGAACGGAGCGGCGCCGACCACCGGUCCCCCAACAGGAGGCCCAGCUCUGAGCUUCCAUGCAUGCAGGCCUCCCUUCACGAUGCCGAGCCGGGCGGCAGUGGAACUGAACGGCGCGGCGCCGAUUACAGGUUCCCCAGCAGGAGCCCCAGCUCUGAGGCCUCUCUUCGCGCUGCCGAGCCGGGCGGCAGCGGAACCAAACGGUGCGGCGCCGACCACAGGUCCCCCAGCAGGAUACCCAGCUCUGAGGCUUCCCUUCGCGCUGCCGAGCCGGGCGGCAGUGGAACCGAGCGGAGCGGCGCCGACCACCGGUCCCCCAGCAGGAUACCUAGCUCUGAGGUCUCGCUGCGCGCUGCCGAGCCGGGCGGCGGCGGAACUGAACGGAGCGGCGCCGACCACAGGUCCCCCAGCAGGAUACACAGCUCUGAGGCCUCACUUCCUGCUGCCGAGCCGGACGGCAGCGGCGCCGAUCACAGGUCCCCCAUCAGGAAACCCAGUCCUGAGCUUGGAGGCUGCAAGCGCCCUGUCCAAGCGCUUUCUCCGGGCACCGAGCACACGCUCCAAGGCGGGGGAUUGCGCUACAAUGGUGGCCGCCAGCAGCCCAAGAAGGCUAGGCGCCGUGGUGUAUCCGCAUAUGGCUCCGUGGUUGACGCCGGAGAGGCCCUCGAUGACGAGGAAGAGAUCCCAACCAUCAGCAAAGCGGUCUUCACUGUCGACUCCCCCUCCGACAUCCCGGAAGCUAUUAACGAGUCGGGCGUUGCCAUCCUUCACGACCCAGGAAUCAGGGAUACAGUCACUCCUGCGGCAGUCCAGCGGGCGUUGCAACACGGGGGGGCAUCUUUACCCAUCUUCGAGAGCAUUCCGCCAAAGAGGAACGGGAGGUUUGUGCAGGAGCGCCGUAACGGAAAGCCAACUGGCUACCUGAGGUCCACAUUCGGCUCUAAGCAGCGGCGGCAGUGCCUCAUUAACCCCGAAGACCCAGAUCAUGCGGACGUCCUGGCUGACUUCCGGGGUGUGGUGGAGCCCAAGAUUAACGAGGCUGUAGCCGCUAUGGGCGACGACGACCUCGAGCUCCAUCCCCCGUACCUCCUCCUGAACACCCAAUCGGAACAGCAGGAGCCUGUGCGCCGCCAAGGCAAUCACACCGACUUGAAGAUGGAGCAGAAGGGCGGUGUAGCAAUAGCUGCGGUGCAGAAGAUGGGGCUCCUGUUGUACCCAGAGAGCAACCGUGUGUUGGAACGCUAUUGGCAGCUGGAGAAGCUUGUGGACGAAGGUGGUAUUACACCGGCGGAUCUGGAGGCAUGGGUCAAAAUGCGCAAGUUCAAGGCGGUGAGGGUGGAGCUAGAAGCCGGUGACAUCAUUUUCCUAAGUGGGCACAUGGUGCACGCGGGUGACUGCGGUAUGGACAACUACCCUUCACUCCGUGUUCACUGGUACUUCACAGACGGCAAGAAGGAGAACGAGACCACGCACCUCGUCAUGUAUGGUGCUGUCCUUGCUGCGCAGUUUGUGUAGUACAGCUGAUUGGGGCGCUGGGUAAUAGUAAAGGGAACCGACCCACGUACCAAAGGCACGAUGCAAAGCUCACGGUUUUGUGGCUUGUUAGUUGCUAUCUUGAAUGGACAGUUGGGUACCCAGGAAUUGAGUUGUACGCCUCCCCGGGUUUUCAAUUGUCGUCAUGCAUGUUUAUCAGUUGCGUAUUUCUCUAAGGAUGCCAAAUCCACAUAUACGCAUGCUGACCCAAUAAAGCGUGUUACCUGUGCUAACGUACAUUACGCAUGAAUGGAGCUGCAAAGACGACCUUAAUCGUAAGACCAUGCUAAGCACCAGUCAUGAGUGAUGUUGGCGCUGAGCUCCAGACUGCAAAGGGGCCCUUGUGCUGGGGGGCCCUUCGGAGGAUCGCAUGCUGACGGGACUACCCCCUCCCCUCUUAAUUCAGGAGUGGGACAGUAGGUGGAUUAAGCAAGGGUGUUUCACCCCAAGUUGUCGCCAAUCGUUAUGCUCGUGCGUUGGUUGUAGGGUCUGAAGGGGCGAGUAUAGCGGGCCUGAAUGCAUGCGUGUGGGGGCUACAAAGGGCAAAGGAACGUGCUAUGCGGGAAUGUUGCCAUUGACUCGCCCGGAGGACCCCGCAACUGACAGCAUGUAUCCUCCCC